CGAGAGACACUGGGUGACAGAGAGAGAGGCAGGAAGCUGCCUGCAGGCUGGGAGUGGCCGCACGUAUAAAAGACGACUCGUCUUCCUUCUUUCUGCAUUAGACGUCUCUCUUCCCCCUCUUCCUCACACCUGAGACUCUACCUGCACAGGAUGUCGUGGGAUUCGUACAUUGAUAACUUGAAGGCACCCGACUCGAACGGUGUAGUCGCGGUUGCAGAGGCGGCGAUCUGUGGGAUGUUAAGCGGGUCCGAGAGCGUGUGGGCCAGCACGCCUGCACUGGCCAACAUCUCAGUGGAAGAGAUUAAGCGGCUGGCCGGCAAGAGGAGCGACUUCGGCCAAAGCGGCCCUCUGAUUGGAGGAGUGAAGUGCAGGAUGAUCCGAGACAACAUGGACAACGAUGGGAUGUUCAGCCUGGACUUAAAGACGGCAGCAGAUGCUUCAGGAAACGCCUUCAGCGUCUGUGUCGGCAAGAGCAAGAGCGCUCUAGUCAUCGCUAAAGGCACAAAAGAAGCCAAUGGCGGGCAGCUGGCUUCAAAGGUGUUCGGCAUAGUUAACUACCUGCGGGGGGUCAACAUGUAAUACAAGAUGGCCACCGACCCCUCCUGUGCCCCCCUGCCCCCGCAGAUCAACUCAAGAAAAUGGCCGCUUUGAGCUUCUUUAGUUUUUUAUUACCUUUGACCUUUGACCUUCCAGGCGUCGAUCAGGGAAAAAUUAAGUGUUUAAAGUUUUCUUCAUGUAGUGAACUUAGUGAUGACCAUGAACACACACACGCUGCGGCAGUGGACUGUGUGUGUUGAGGUGUGUUCACACCUGAGCUGAGUGCACACCUGUGGUGGUGUUCACGGCAGGAACCAGUGUUAUAUGUUUUACAGUGGAGAUGGACGAGCGUCCAAUCACAGCUCUGUAAAGAAAAGUCACACACCUGAAAAAUAAAGGACCAAUGUUUAUUACAACA